UUAACCGCUGAAACAUCAAGAAAAGACUUUCUCUUAUUCUUCCAUUUCAAAAAGCUGAUGCCCUUUUUUCUAUAUUCCUCAUUCCUAUCUCUUUUAUCCUGUAAAAUUUGUAAUAUUCUGAGUUGAAAGCUGCUAUAUUGCGCAAUGGAUUCCUUUUUAUAGCACAAAUUCAGUCUUCUUUUUAUGCCUCUCUUUUACAAAAAUUUAUGGAGGCAACUGCGUGAUUCCAAUUGAGUGGACUCUUUUUUCUUUCUAUAUAAAGGCCAUAGGGCUGGAGAAGAAACUCACGCUGCGAUCGCUACCUUCAGCUUUCGGUAUUUCCUUGCUGCUUAAACUUUUUCGAUCCAGCGUCAAAUUGUGGACAGCCACCGAUUAACUUGGCAUGGGCUACUUAAAUCAGGAAACUUGUGAAUGUAACCAGCAGACUGAUAUAGGUGCAGCAGUGCGUAAUGGGAAAGAAAUACUUUUGCAGGCUUUUAACUGGGAAUCUCAUAAGCAUGAUUGGUGGAGAAACUUGGAAAGGAAGGUUCCUGACAUUGCAAAAUCUGGGUUUACUUCAGCAUGGUUGCCACCGCCAUCUCAGUCAUUGUCACCUGAAGGUUACCUUCCUCAGAACCUUUAUUCUCUCAACUCUGUAUAUGGUUCUGAGCACCUGUUGAAAGCUUUACUUCAAAAGAUGAAGCAAUAUAACGUCAGAGCAAUGGCUGAUAUUGUUAUCAAUCACCGUAUCGGAACUACCAAAGGGCACGGAGGAAUGUACAAUCGUUACGACGGUAUUCCAAUACCAUGGGAUGAACGUGCUGUUACUUUAUGUACUGGAGGACUGGGUAACCGCAGCACAGGCGACAACUUCAAUGGAGUUCCUAAUAUUGAUCAUACCCAACAUUUUGUUCGAAAAGAUAUUAUUGGAUGGCUGAAGUGGCUGCGUAAUGUUGUUGGCUUUCAAGAUUUCCGUUUUGAUUUUGCAAGAGGUUACUCGGCAAAAUAUGUGAAGGAAUACAUUGAAGCAGCAAAGCCAAUUUUUUCUAUUGGCGAGUAUUGGGAUUCUUGCAACUACAGUGGCACCUAUUUGGAAUAUAGCCAAGAUAGCCACAGACAACGGAUUGUCAAUUGGAUCGAUUGCACAGGACAGCUUUCAGCUGCUUUUGACUUCACAACAAAGGGAAUUCUUCAGGAAGCUGUUAAGGGACAACUCUGGCGUCUUCGUGAUUCCAAAGGGAAACCACCAGGUGUAAUGGGAUGGUGGCCUUCAAGGGCUGUUACAUUCAUUGAUAACCAUGAUACAGGAUCAACACAGGGCCAUUGGCCUUUCCCUUCACAUCAUAUUAUGGAGGGCUACGCAUACAUACUUACACAUCCAGGAAUCCCAACAGUUUUCUAUGACCAUUUUUAUGAUUGGGGCAACUCCAUUCAUGAACAAAUAGUGAAACUGAUUGACAUUAGGAAGCGACAAGACAUCAACAGUCGAUCAUCUAUCAGGAUUCUUGAAGCCCAGCCAAACCUAUACUCUGCAAUUAUUGGGGAGAAAGUGUGCAUGAAGAUUGGAGAUGGUUCCUGGAGCCCGUCUGGCAGAGAAUGGACACUGGCAACCUCAGGCCAUAGAUAUGCUGUAUGGCAAAAAUGAUGCCUCUCAUAAUUUGUCCACAGUUUUGCAAACUUAUUUCCAGGGAGUAGGGGAGCGUGGAUGGUGUGGACCUGAUGGUCAUGUUUCUAUAGCUACUACAAGGGUUUAACUACCAUGUAAAUAAAGAAUAAUUGCCCUUGAAUAAGUGCAUUCAACUUGUUGCUCUCGUCUCGUCGGAUUGCUAACAUCAAUAAAAUGGAUCCACUUAUAUUGCGGAGAA